AUGGCUACGCGGGAAACGGGUAAAGUUGUUGUGGUUGGGGAUGGUGCGUGUGGCAAGACGUGCCUGCUCGAGGUCUUCAAGAACGAUAAGUUUCCAAAAGAGUACGUUCCAACGGUAGUGGAUAAUUUUAUUAAAAAUGUUCAGGUAGAUGAUAAGGCGGUGACUCUGGCACUGUGGGAUACGGCUGGACAGGAGGAUUACGACACAAUCCGGCCACUCUCAUACAGGGGCACCAAUCUUGUUGUGUUGUGCUACACAAUUGAGAACAAAAAGAACCUGGAAAAUAUCAACAAGAAAUGGUUGGUGGAAAUCAAGAACUACUGUCCAGGGGUGCCAUUUUAUUUGGUAGGGCUCAAAAAGGACUUAAGGGAGGACGAGGACAUGGAUCCAGAGAACCUGAUUUCUAAGGAAGAGGGGCAGAAGGUUUCAGAGGAAAUAGGCGCAGCUGGCUUCUACGAGUGCUCUGCUCUUACGCGUGAGGGUGUCGACGAAAUAUUUGUUUCUGUGGCAAAAUAUGUAGAUGAGAAUGAUACGGUGCCUGAAUCAAAGAGUGCAUGCGCAUGCUGCUCGUGUCUGUUAGGCGGAUAA